CGGUGCUCGUUGGGACCCGGUUAGAGUCUGUCCUGGAUCCCGGUGACAGGGGACCCGAACCCCCGCCUCCUGCAACACAUCUUGUGUUCUGCGGUAAAGAUGGCGGCGUCAGAGGGGGCGCGGAGCGGCUGGACAGCGGCAAAACGAGCCUGAAAAAGCUCCACAAUUGGCCAAAUAUCGCUCGCCAGGUACCGGUAAUACCAGCACGGAUACCGUCUGGACCACCGGGAGAAACACAGCCGCUGUCACACGCAGGGGGUUGUGAUUUGAUUGUUAAAAGGCAGGGUGGGUGGGUUUCACCGAGAGACGCUAACGGGCUAGCCAACUGAGCUAACACAGGCUAGCCCGCCGAGCUAACACAGGCUAGCACACUGAGCUAACACAGGCUAGCACACGGAGCUAACACAGGCUAGCAAACGUUAGCUCCGUGGAGAUAAGCGGAGAGGAGGGGGGGAGUAAGGAAGACUAUUCGGGCCAGGCCGCUCCAGCUUCUGAGGGGAAUGUGAACCAGAGGUGUGCAGGGGGGGUUUGCUCGCUUCACUACCGGGAUGGGACAGCAGGUCGGACGGGUCGGUGAGAGCACAUCGACCGGAGGACUGCAGCCGCCGCAGCCCCACGCGUCCCAACCGCACCAAGGGAAGGGGAACCGGGGUAGGAGACCCCGAGAACCGGGCAGUAUUACCGGGACACCGCCGGGCAGGACGGCCGCAGUCAACGUGCCCGACCCGGGGAUCAAUAUCUUUACUCUGCAUUCAGAAGCUCUCCACCGGCCGUUCGGCCUGGACUCUGCGGCGCUGACGGAGGCGGUGCGCUGGAGCUCCAAGGAGAACCUGCUGGGGGCGACGGAGAGCGACCCGAACCUCUUCGUAGCACUUUAUGACUUCGUGGCCAGCGGGGACAACACGCUCAGCAUCACCAAAGGUGAGAAGCUGCGGGUGCUGGGCUACAACCAGAAUGGGGAGUGGAGCGAGGUCCGCUCUAAGAACGGUCAGGGGUGGGUUCCCUCCAACUACAUCACCCCGGUGAACAGCCUGGAGAAGCACAGCUGGUACCACGGCCCGGUGUCCCGCAGCGCCGCCGAGUACCUGCUGUCCUCCCUCAUCAACGGCAGCUUCCUGGUGAGGGAGAGCGAGAGCAGCCCGGGGCAGCUGUCCAUCUCGCUGCGCUACGAGGGGAGGGUCUACCACUACCGCAUCAACAGCGGGUCGGACGGAAAGGUGUAUGUGACCUCAGAGAGCCGCUUCGCCACACUGGCCGAGCUGGUGCACCACCACUCCACGGUGGCAGACGGUCUGGUCACCACGCUGCACUACCCGGCGCCCAAAUGCAACAAGCCCACGGUGUACGGCGUGUCGCCCAUCCACGACAAGUGGGAGAUGGAGCGCACCGACAUCACCAUGAAGCACAAGCUGGGGGGGGGGCAGUACGGGGAGGUGUACGUGGGGGUGUGGAAGAAGUACAACCUCACCGUGGCCGUGAAGACGCUCAAGGAGGACACCAUGGAGGUGGAGGAGUUCCUGAAAGAAGCAGCGGUGAUGAAGGAGGUCAAACACCCCAACCUGGUGCAGCUGCUCGGUGUGUGCACGCUGGAGCCCCCCUUCUACAUCGUGACGGAGUACAUGCCCCACGGGAACCUGCUGGACUACCUGAGGGACUGCGACAAAGAGGAGGUGAACGCCGUGGUGCUGCUCUACAUGGCCACGCAGAUCUCCUCCGCCAUGGAGUACCUGGAGAAGAAGAACUUCAUCCACAGGGACCUGGCGGCGAGGAACUGCCUGGUGGGGGAGAACCACGUGGUGAAGGUGGCCGACUUCGGGCUCAGCCGGCUGAUGACGGGGGACACCUACACCGCCCAUGCAGGGGCCAAGUUCCCCAUCAAGUGGACGGCCCCCGAGAGCCUGGCCUACAACACCUUCUCCAUCAAGUCCGACGUCUGGGCGUUCGGUGUGCUGCUGUGGGAGAUCGCCACCUACGGCAUGUCUCCGUACCCGGGCAUCGACCUGUCCCAGGUGUAUGACCUCCUGGAGAAGGGGUACCGCAUGGAGCAGCCCGAGGGGUGUCCUCCCAAAGUCUACGAGCUCAUGAGAGCAUGCUGGCAGUGGAGCCCGUUGGACCGCCCCUCGUUUGCAGAGAUCCAUCAGGCCUUUGAAACCAUGUUCCACGACUCCAGCAUCUCUGAAGAGGUGGCGGAGGAGCUGUGUAAGACGGCCUCGGGUCACGGCGGGCCGCUGCUCCCCUUCGACACGCCGCUGCUGCCUUCCAAGUCCCGCACGCUGCACAAGCACACGGAGAACAAGGAGAACAUCGAGGGCGGACUGGACGGCCGAUCGGAGCCCGGCAGCCACGGCCACUCAGGCUGGGCUUCCUCUCUCCUGGGGGGGGACAGUCGGUCGGGGAGCUCCCCGGCGUUGCCUCGGAAACAGCUGUCCCGAGAUAAAUCCCCCGCCGGCCUCCUGGACGACCCCCAGGAUCUGGGCACCUUCACCCGGGACCGGAAGACGGGCUUCUUCAGCUCCUUCAUCAAGAAGAAGUCCUCCUCUUCCUCCUCCUCCUCCUCCCCCUCCCCCUCCUCUCAGAACCUCCCCACCCCCCCCAAGAGGAGCAGCUCCUUCCGGGAGAUGGAGACUCAGCCUCACAAGAAGUACGAGCCCACGGCCGACUUUUCAGCGCCCCCCCCCUCUCCCCAGUCGGACAGCAGCAUCGGGGGGUUCUCCGCCUCCCCCUCCCACUCCCACUCCCACAGCGACCCCCCCCAACCCCAGUCGCGCUGCUGUGGUGCAGCCUUCGGACAGAAGCCCUCAGGGGGGGGGCUGGCGGCGCAGGUGAGCAGCAGCAGCUGGAGCGGGCUGGCCGGGUUCUUCACGCCCAGACUCAUCAAGCGGACUCUGGGGCUCCGGACCGGGAAGACGGCCUCUUCGGAGGAGGGGGGGGGGACUUUACCAGUGGGGGGGCCCAAACCCUUCCCUAGGUCCAACUCCACCUCCUCUAUGUCCGCUGGGCUGCCGGACCUGGAGCGCAUGGCUCUGACUCUGCCCAGGAACCGCAGCGCCAAGCCCCCCCUGGAGAGGACCGCCUCCACCAGCUCGCAGCCAGAGAACGGGCGCCCCCCCCCCGAGGCGCUGCUGAGGAGGCUGGACGAGGGGACGGCUCAGAUCAGGGAGAGACCCAAAGCCAAGCUGGUCCCCCGGGGCACGGGGGUGAGGGCGCCGGGAGUGGGGGGGGAGGCGGGGGACUCAGACCCUGCGGGGGACCGGCAGCAGCAGAGUUGGGCCUCCCCCUCCAAGACUGCCUCCUCCUCUCCGGGGGGGGGGGUACAGACCCACAACCACAAGGUGCCGGUGCUGAUCUCCCCCACGCUCAAACACAGCCCCCCCGACGUGCACCUGGUGGGGCUGGACUCCCAGGGGAACCGCUUUAAGCUGCUGAGCGAGCACCCGGACCGGCCGCGGCUUGUCAAACCCAAGUGCGCCCCCCCGCCGCCCCCCACGCUGCGCAGCCAACACUCCUACAGCGAGGGGGGGGGGGAGGAGCAGGCGGGGGAGGUGAAUGGGGAGAGAGUGUCUCGAUCCGGGCGGGGAGGAACCUUGACGACGGGAAGACCCUCGGUGCCGCCGCCACAGGUGCCCCCCACGAACACCCCCACAAAGAUGGCCAACGGAGCUGCCCCCUCUUCCAGCAAGGGGGGAAUCCGGAGGACCCGGCAGCAGGCGGAGCGCGGCUUCCCCCCCGAGCGGGUGAGUCGCGAGGCCCUGCUGGAGUGCGCCGAGUCGCUGAGCUGCGCCCUCCAGGCCCCGGCCCCCGACCCCCCCCCCUCCAGCGGCGCGGUCCUGGAUGCCGGGCUGCAGCUGCUGGACCGCUGCUCCGGGUACGUGGACCUGAUCCCGCAGAUGAGGAGCAAGUUCGCCUUCCGGGAGGCCGUGGGCAAGCUGGAGCUCAGCCUGCAGGAGCUGAGGGCCUCCGGGGGGGGAGCGGCCCAGGGGGGCCCGGGCACCGUGCUGGAGAACCUGCAGGGCUGUGUCAGAGAGAUCAGGGACGUGGUGCAGAGGUAGCAGCCGUGACCUCACUGUGACAUCACUGUGACAUCACUGUGACAUCACUGUGACAUCACUGUGACAUCACACCCCUCAGACUGGUUUAUUCCUUUGGUUUUUCUGGUUGUUUUCACAGCGUGUUGGGGGGGGGGGGUCUCUUCAGUACCUCAGAGAGAAUCACUCCCACAGGUUUCCUUUCACUGUUUACAACCCUUCAGACCCCAGAGUGGACCCUCGAGCGGGGGGGGGUGGGGGGUCUCAGUCACACGUCGUGGAUCAGCUGUUUGGAAGGUCUCCCUUUCUGUCAGACACUGACACUACUGUUUAUUGAUCAACUUUUAAUGCAAAAAAGGUUCUAAAAAAGCAGUUUUCAGCCUCAAAGUUAAGACUGAUCGCUAUUUUCUUUCUUCAAUCAAAUGAAAUCUGGAUUAUCGACACUAAACAAGACCCUUCCCACUACGUUCUGACAUUUCAAACACUAAACAGCUCGUAUAAAUACUCUACAAAUAAGUGAAUCACUAGUGUAAUAUUGCGCUCAGUGUCUGGGGGUCACAAACUUUCUAAAGCCAUUUUAAUCCAAACGAUUGGAAACAGUCCGUGUGAUUUCAAGAUUUUUAGGGUCUAAAUGUGACACUGAUUAUUAUUUACAUUUCAUUUCCACGGCAGUCAGGUUAUUAAAACCUCAUCCGUCUUCUACCAUCUAUCUGAGUUAGGUCGUAGAGAUGUAGUCCCUCCACCUGGGCCUGGGUCUGCCCCUCUGCCCUCCUUUUAUCGGAUCAUUUCAGACAUUCCCACGUGUCACACAGAGGGAUCACAGCCUCGGAGAAGCGUGUAAAUAAAGGAAUACAGGCGUAUCAAAUCUGGAAACACCCACAAUUCCCCUCCCUAUCACAGCGUUUGUCUUCAGUGUCCACACAGUGGGGGGGGAAGCCCCCGUCUCCUAAAGCAUUUCAGUAUUUAAGUCCAGUUUUAAUGCACAUCACAUGUCUGUGUGGUUGGAGGGGGAGGGGGGGGGCGCAGGAGCAGAACUGGGACGGUGUUUCUAUAAGUGUCCUUCUGGCGGACCGAUCGACUCCCUGAAGCCUCGGCGUGUCCUCAGUGCCUCGAAAUCUUCCACGCAAUGAACACUGCAAAAAACACCCAGAGACCUACACACACACACACACACACACACACACACACACACACACACACACACACACACACACACACACACUGAUCCCUCUACCGACGAACUGCAGUAUGUCUUCAGCACAUUGUACAUUAUUGGGUUUGAGACAAUAAGAGAUGCUUUUCAGAAUGUCUACGUUAUGAACUUGAAUUUUAAAUUAUUCCUUUUUCUUCUUUUGUUUUUAUUAAAAAGCACAGACGUAUUUUGAGAGAUGUAAAUAUUUGAUUUAUUUCAUAUCCAGGAAACAGAGGAUGUGUGUGUGCUUACAGACGUAUAGAGCGUGUUUGACUGAAGAAUAUCUGAAUAUAUGAAUGUAUUAUUCUCCGUCUGGGCGGACGGUCUUCUGCAUGAAUCUCUAACGGUGCCAUUUGUUGUUUAUUUAUUGUACUUUUUUUACUGGCCCAUAUCUUUUCAUUUUGGUCUCACUAAAUACUAAAGUCCAGAAGCAGUUGCUCUGUUUUUUGAGCACAAAUUAAACAUUUCUCUUUGCUUUUCACAUCUAAAUGUACACUGGAUACAAAACCUGAUCUGUAACACGCUGCAGGUCCAAAUCACCUUCAAAGAAACAUGCUAAUGACACGUUUAUACCAUGUCUGUGCGUCAGUAUUUUAAUGUCCAAUUUCUUGCCAAACGGGAUCCUGUGAGACGAACUGAUUUCUAUUCCCUGUGACUUUACAAACACACGGAUGGAAGAGAUGCUUUUAACUUUAGGAUUCUUGGUGCCUUUUUGUGAGCAAAUGUCUUUCACUGCGAGAUGAAGAGGCAAUGUUUUAAAAUCCAUCAUUAAAACACAUUCAUGUCUUGUUGUGAAUUUCUGUCAUCUGGAGGUUGAUGUUUGGGAUGCAAAACUGAAAUUUAAAGGUGCAUUUGUGUAUUAAAUAAAGUAUUUAGAUACUCAGUUACUAAGGUUGAUUAUUGGUGGGCAUUCAGAGCAACAUCUGGUGGAUUUCCUGCUUUUUUAACGCAUCACAACGGACAAAAACACGCUGCAGCUUCAGGGACAAACGUCUUUAGAAUAGUUUUUUCUUAAUUUGUGGGGCAUCGGUGUGGGUCAGGUUUCCUAAAAAGCCUUAUCAAGUGAAACAUAACCUCCAAAAUCAAACCUAUUUAAAGAAAAUCAUUUGUCAAGAGAUUUGAUUUGAUUCCUAAAGUCUCCGCUCAUCUUCAGCGCCUCUUUAUUUAUGUCGCCUGUGUCUUCUGUUGUUUUCCUGGAGAACGUGUGUUCACAUCACCAAACCAAAGGCCACUUCUUCAGCCGUACGAGUGCAAUGUAAAGCAACACACACACUAAUGGAAUAUGUGAAUCUAAACAGGGAUUUAAAGAAAUGGCAGAGACGUUAACAUUAACUUUUUUAUUGUACAAAAAUAUAUUUUGUGUUUUGUUUUUUAAUUUAAAGCUCACGUUAUAUUACUGUGAAGUUUUGCUUAUCAGUGUUAAGCCUAUUGUAAAUAAUAAAGAUAUUGAUGAAUACUGCUCUGC